CAUUUAACUUUCUGAUCCUAGUAAUCACUUUCAUACCACAGUUCUCGCCAAUAGUUUUUUAUAAAAUCGAAUUUAAUAUCAAAUGUUUAAAUUGACAACGGUACAGUACUAACAUGCUUUGUAAAUUCGGGAUGCCUUUCACCUGAGACAAUCCUCCUCAGCAUAUAAGGAGAAAUCCAAAAUACAGAACAUUCAAAUACUUAAAUAGUUUUACAUGUGAGAAUAAGACUACAUAUUCGAUUAUUGACCGAAUGUAAAUAUGAGGUUUCCUUGAUAACUUGAAGGUAAAGGAUUUAAGGCUGAAAAAUUAGCUUUUUAAAGAUGUGCAUUGAGCAUUAAAAAAACAUUCUCUGUUAUCCAAAACCAAGAUGAAUAACCUCAACCAAAAAGACUAUUUCUAAGUAUAAAAAUUCAGAAAUCCAUAAGAUAUGGAAUGUAGACAACUCUUCCAAUCUUGGUACCAUUUCUGGAUUUUAAAAGGUUCGUCCAAAAAAGUAACAACUUUCGUCGGUGAAGCACAAGACUGACUAAAGAGUCGUAGCAGCUAAAUAGUUUUCGACUUGACUCAUACAAAGUUACACUUGUGGUGAACUAAGUUACAAACGGUUAUGGCUAGAGACUAUGAUUUCCACACAGGCGACUUCCUCAUAAUGAUGAUGAAAAUAAGAUUUUUGUUUACCAAAAGUGGAGUUAUAUUCAAUCCUGGGUUGCUUUUGUUGGGUAAUUACACUGUUGUGAAAGGGGUGGAAAGGGAAACCUACAAUUUUCAGGCGAAAAUAACAGUCAUUACUUUGCAAUCAGAAGAGAUUUCCAAUCCUCAAAUCAACUAAUUAUUUUCGAAGAAAGGAUGGAGAGAUAUUGCACCGAAUGAUUGUCAAUCAUUUUCUCUGCAAAAUAUUAUAAUCUGCAUUAUUAUUGAAGUAAUAUUAGUGCUAGUAGUUGGCAACAAUGAUUCGUAGCCCUGGAAAUAGUGUCUUCAACCUAUAAUUUGCAUUUGUUAACCGUAGUUUGAUUUGCUUUGACAAGUUUCAGAAGUUAUCCUCAUGCCAGUAGAAAAACAGUGUAGCUGAGAACAAAACAGGAUUGGAGAUUCGAAUACAGUAGCUGUUAUAGUUUAUACUACUUUUGAUUGAGAUUUUCCAAUAAUAUCACUUUUGACUGUGAUUUUCAAAAAAUAUUAUCUAUCAGUUGAAUUAGAAUUUCAAGUAUGGUGAGUUGUGAUUGAUACGAUCAUUCAUAAUUUUAUUUUGAAACACAUGAAAUAAUUUGACAGUACAAAAUAUUGUGCUGUGACUGGUAUGAUCAAUAUGAUGUGUGUUUUUCUUACUCGCCAUGAACCCUGAAACUGAGGGAUUGCUGUUCACAUCAAUUAAUUAUAAAAGAUUUACCGUAUUUGAUAGGCUACCGUAUAAAAGAUUAUCGUCUGAAUUUCAAUAAAUUUUACGAUAUUCCAAAUUAUUCUAUAAUCGGAUUUUUUCAAUGCAAUAGAUUUUAUUUUAAUUCCAUUCUCAAUAUUCUUUUUUGUGCCCUUGUGCUUCCCAGCAGAGCUUAUUCAACCUUAUAUUUAGAAUAUUCAAAUUCAAUUUAUCACAAAUUUAUUUCAUUUAUUAACAAUCACAAAUUUAUUAUACAGAUUAGAAGAAGAUAACAGGCAUAGCCCAAAGCUGUAUUUCUUCCAAAUGUUGAUGAAUAGAAAGAAGUUUCGAAAUAAGAAUGAUGUUGUUUUCUCUUAUCACUUUGAAGUCCGAUUUUCACUCCAAAACUAACUUUUAAAGAUUCAUGCAUUACAAAAUUUAUUCUAUUAAGGCCAUAGUCCAAGUUAAAAAAAAAACUCUUGUCAAUUGAAAUCAUAAUAACAUGAAAAGUCAACUAAACAGGAAAACGUAAAUUCUCUGCAGGCGCCACCAGCAAAAGAUUUAAUCUUGACCGCUGGUGGGAGUGGAUUAUGAACUGAAAAUGUGCCUUAUCCAAUUUGAUUACAGUUGUUGAAGAGAACAAUGACAACAGGUGAAGUGAGAGGUAUAGUGAGUGCCCUGGGCUACCUGCCCGACGGUCGACGAGCCCCAACCACCUACUCCUUCACCAUCUUCUUCAUUCUGUACUCUAUCAACUUGUCGUUCGGUCUGCAACACGAGUGGCGCAACUUCAAAGUACGCCUGGAAAUAAUUCGUAAUCUAGUUCUGCUCUGCAACAUUCAGGUGUACUGGUUGUCGGUGCCUGACAUCUAUGUUCUGUUGGACAUCUAUGAGAGACACAGAACGCGUCUGCUGAAGAUGAAGUAUUUCAAGAAACUGACCAGGAAAUUCUACAGCGAAAUGGCAAGCCUGGAAGACGACUCACAACAUUUUGUGAGAGCGUUUGUGGUGGUGAGUUUCUGCUACACUUGUCUGCCAGUCCUCAAUGCACUCUAUGCAAAGCUCACCGUCACCUCAGCUGGAGCCGACUUCAAGGAUUUGCCGCAGGUGUCAUACCUUCACUACCCAGUGAACGGUGGACCGGUGACGUUGACACAAUACGUGUGCGGCGCUGUGUUCCUGUACACGGGCAACCUGGCCGCAUCUCUCUUCAGCUUCUGCUUCCUUUACGCCAGCUACCUGGCACUGCGAUGUGUGGCCGCCGCCUUCCAUCAGCUGACUGCCCUCAUUGCUCUGUGGGAUGCCAAUGUCACUCAAGGUCAAAUCCACAACGACGACCUCUGUCUGCGCGAAAUUGUCCUCUUUCAUCAACAGAUCUGCAGAGAAACCAGAUUACUAAAAAAAGGCAUAGAGACAGCUACAAUAAAUCUUUUACAAGGAUGUGUUGUACAAUUAUGCCUGGGAUUAUUCAGCAUUCUUGAGGGUGGCGACAAAAUAAAGUAUGGAGGUUUCACGUGUUUUGUUCUACUCAUGCUUGUAGGAUUUUCUUCUUUCGGACAAAUUUUAGAGGACAGGAUUGGAAGAGUGAGAGUAUCGAUAUGGGACAGUGAUUGGGUGAACAGGCCAUACUUUACAAGGAAAGUACUGUACACCAUGAUGAUAGGUGCUUCAGCCAGGCUAGAGUUGAGACCAUAUGGACUUCAGCAAUUGAAUAUGACCUCUUUGGCCAAUAUUCUGCAGCUGAAUCCAACAUGCUUCGACGCUACAAAAGAUCUUUGGGCAGCAGAAACUGAAAUAUAUUUCAAUAAAUAAUUUGUGAUUUUUGAAGUGGAUCUCAUUUGUUU